AGCAGCUGGCGCGAGGCACGGGCUUCGUCGGCGAAGGAAGACGACGACGGAGGAGGUAUCAUCGGCAGCAGGCCCGGCAUUCAUUGGCAGCCGCAGUAGCGUGGCGGGAGGCGACGAGGACGAGUGGGGCCGCAUAGACCAGCGUUCGGGAAUCAGCCACCGGUCAUCGCGCAGCCUGCAGCGACCAGCUACCGCUAUGGGCACGGCCGACGAGAAGCGCUGGGAGGAGGACGAGGAGGACAACCACGACAAGGACUCGGGCCUCGAGUCGCUCAACGGCUCCUCCGAAGAAGAGGAAGAGCUGACGCAGCGCAUCGUGGCCCAGAUCGAGUACUACUUCUCGGACGAGAACAUCCUGCGCGACUCGUUCCUCCUCAAGCACGUUCGACGCAACCGGGAGGGUUACGUGAGCCUCAAGCUGAUGGCCUCGUUCCGCAAGGUGAAGAGCCUGACCAAGAACUGGGAGCUGGUGCGCGAGGCGCUGCGCUCGUCGUCCACGCGGCUCGAAGUGAAUGCCGAGGGCACCAAGGUGCGCCGCCGCGAGCCACUGCCCGAGCACGACGAGACUGCGCCCUCGCGCACAGUGGUCGCCUUCCCCCUGGUGGACCGCGUCACCGUCGAGGCGGUGGCGGAGAUCUUCUCGCGUUGCGGGCCCAUCUCGCUGCUGCGCUUGCUGCGACCCGGCGGACCCGUGCCGCCCUGUGCCAAGCGCUUCCUCCAGCGCCACCCGGAAGCCAGCGGCUGUUCGGCCGCGGUCGUCGAGUUCGAGCACCACGAGGCGGCCAGCCUGGCCGUGCGGCAGGCCAGUCCUCUGCUGCGCGUGCUGCCGCUCUCCCCGCCGACAAUGGCGGCGGGCCCGCUGCCCAGCGGCACACCCGCCGCCGCAGCGGAGAGCGACGGCCAGCGCAGCGGACAGGCUGGCGGCGGCGGCAGGGCCAACCGCAGUGUCCGAGUGCCUGGCCCGGGCGGCGCAGCUUGCAACUCCCCGUGCCCCUCGUCGCCGUCGCCGCUGCUGGCCCCCCGACACAAGUCCCACAGCCAGGGUGACGUGAGCGCUGCCGGCCUGUGGGUCAAGAAACGCCCCGACGGACUGGGGCCCGUGCUUCGCCAGCCUCGGGGCCCAGACGGCACGCGCGGCUUUCAUGACCGCAGCAGCGCCUGCCUGGCGCCCUCCUGAGCUCAAGCACACACCACCGAGCGCGCGCAGGCCCAAAAUUCGGCUGCUCCGCCCCCUCACUGUUUUUUUUUUUU